AUGGCGCAGCAGGUCAGCAGCUCUCCUUUCCUCAGGCCCUUCUUCCUGAAGACGCCCGUGAGCGUGCCCAGUCCGCACCGCCAGCGCCGCCACACCCUCCCCGCCAGCGAGUUCCGCAACCUCACCCCGCAGGACGCCAUCAGCGUGUUCGAGAUCGAGAGAGAAGCUUUUGUCUCAGUGUCUGGCGAGUGCCCGCUCACACUGGAGGAGGUGCUGAGUUUCCUGGGGCAGUGUCCAGAGCUGUCCCUGGGCUGGUUUGAGGAGGGCCAGCUGGUGGCUUUCAUCAUCGGCUCUGGGUGGGACAAGGAGCGGCUGGCGCAGGAGUCCAUGACCACGCACGUCCCCGACACCCCCACCGUGCACAUCCACGUGCUCUCCGUGCACCGCCACUGCCGCCAGCAGGGCAAGGGCUCCAUCCUGCUGUGGCGCUACCUGCAGUACCUGCGCUGCCUGCCGGGCCUGCGCCGCGCCCUGCUCAUCUGUGAGGAGUUCCUGGUGCCCUUCUACCUCAAGGCCGGCUUCAAGGAGAAGGGGUCCUCCGCCAUCUCCGUGGGCACCCUCAGCUUCAUCGAGAUGGAGUACCUGCUAGGGGGAGUCGCCUUCGCCCGGCGGAACAGCGGCUGUUAG